CCUUUCCAGCUUUUUCCCCUGAUACUAUAACCCCCAUCCGUCAACAAUUCCUCUCUACAACCGAACUCGACCAAAUCUCAGAAACUCAGAGAUAGGUCACCCUCACCACCACCAUGCGCACCUCCUACCUCCUCGCCGCAGCCCUCACCCUCUUCGGCGGUGCCCACGCCGACGAUGACAGCACCACAACAGUGGGCUACUUCAUCCCCAACUGGUCCGCGACCUACCUAGAAUACGGCGGCUGGACCAGCACCGGCGCCAGCGUCGCGGGGAUCAACGCCGUAAAGACCACCUACAAAGUGGGCUGUCUGAAAGACGCGCCCAAGACCGACUGCAACAUGAAGGACGCAUACACGAUCAUCCAAGGCCCCGACACCAUCAGCCUGAGCCAGGUGUACACUGCUUCGACGUCGGACAAGUCCACCAGCUACGACGUCACGGUGACGCGGUCGUACGAAUGCUCGUUGAAGUCCUGGACAGAGUCAGCGAGCUGCACCAUGAGCGUGGGAAUGAGUGGAAGUGACAAUGGCGGAACGUAUGCUUCGUCGUCGUCCACCAAGUCUACCUAUGAGAGCCCGACUAGCUCGUACUACUACCUUGUCGUGACGGGUGGUGUCAAGUCGUUCACGGAGCCCGCGGCUACCAAGACUCCUGAUGCUGCUGCUGGUUUGGCGGCUCCUGUUGCGGCGAUGAUUACGGCGGCGCCUGUUGCUGCCGCGGCUGUGGUUGCUGCGGCUUGGGCUUAGGGACGUGGAUGAAUGAAUUGAUCUGGUCUUUGGAAGGUACAUUGGGGGACUAUCCAUUGAUGAUAAUGUGGAAGAAUCGGAUCAAACUGGUGGGAGCACUGCGGUUGCUAAAUAUUUUAAUCAGUUGUUGUUUGUUGCUUUGCUAUUGCGUGUGUGUUGCCAUUUGUAUACCCUGAAGUUGUUAGUAAUGGAUAUAAUGGAUCGACGUUACGAAUGCAUGCCCUGAAUCUUUUUAAAAUUGUUAUCUUAACGCAAUUGUUUGGUUAUGAAGGUGAUAAUGAGGACACUUACAAGAGACUUGAAAAUUGUCCUACCUCAGUACCGGCACAGGGGAAGCGUAGGUAGAUAACUGCCACAAUGAAGCGCAUUGUAAGAUAGUAAGACAGUAUUGCUCACCAUACUCCUCUUACAAUCUUAUAGCAUUCCAAAGUGUUGCUACGUAUGAAAACGAGUGAUC